GCGCAUCUGUAAGGCACCCUUUUCCCGCGUUUGUGAAGAGUACAUAUAGUACAGUACGUACAUGUGCACGCCAUCUCGGAAUCUCGUUAAGCGCAGAAGCACAGCGGCUCCGGGUUCGUCGGGAAGGCGCCCAGCACACUGCCACCUCACCCCCGUCUUAUCAGGCCAGGCCAGCGAUGCCCGAUAUCCCGCCGUCUCCCAAACCUCGCUCAUCUUCCUCUCUGCCAUCCACUAUACAACGAGCUCAUUAAUGAACAACCCAAGUCUAUUGCGAAUCCGAGUAUAAUUUGGCUGCACCAGCCAGUCUUUUUCGGCACAAUGGUGCAACCACGGGGUCCCCCGGUCGUCAGCGCUAACCAAGGAGAUGCUGGGGUUCGCGGUCUCUCCAAGAUCUAUAACUUUGUCAUGACUCCCGUCAUAUUUGUCUCAUUUCUCGUCUCGCUCGCCAUAGUCGACUUCCGCUACUCGGUGCGGCGUUCGCACUUCCACGCUGAGGGGGCCCGGCGGCCGGCUUGGCUGCCGCAGUGGCUGCACCGCGUCAUCUACCGCUAUCAGCGAUAUCAGUAUGUUGCGCGCGUCGACGAUGAGCGCGAGCAGCGGCCGCCCGACGGCGCCGCCGGCGGCCAGUUCUACCACAGCAAGCAGCGCACCCUCAUGAAGAUGGAGGCCGACGAGGCCUUCGAGGUCCGCAGCAGCGUGCUCGUGCUCCUGGGUCUCGCGAGCCUGGGUGUGGUCUGGGCAGCGUGGCGCGUCUUGUGCUGGGGGUCGGUGCUUGUGGGAGAGCUGAUGAGGUCUCGGGUAUAUACGAACUGAGCAUGCGCGGCCGCAGAAAUACUAGCACCCGCCGUUUCAAUGCCUCCGUGGCGUCCACUGACGUCCUGGAGAAUGCAGAGGUUUUUGUAACCUUGCGGUUUCUUUCUGCUGGCACAUACCAUCAAGCUCGAGUUGCUAAAGCUCGGC